AGCAUUAAUUUAUAACUUUGGUGGAGUGUUCUGAUUUAAAAGCAGACUGCUGGCUUUAUCAGGGCAUGAGCAGAAGUGACCUAAAACUGCAAACAAAAUGCUGCUCCUAGCUUCAGCUUUUUUUCUAACACUACUGCAGUGUUCUAAUGCCCAAAACAAAGCAAGCUUUACACCUGCAGACUGUAACACCAUUGAAACAGAUGCAGGAGUGGCCCUGGAUUUGGUCAACAAACACCGCAGAGAUGGUUAUGUUUUUGGUUUGUUCCGUGUUGCUGAUGCACAUGAACUACAUACAGGAAAUUCAUCAGUCCUCUACCUAACUUUGGAUGUGCUGGAAACCGAAUGCCCUGUCUUAUCCAGAAAACACUGGGAGUCCUGUGAAUACAGUGAUACUUAUCCCAUGGACUUUGGGCAGUGUAAGAUUAUCACAUAUACAAACCAUCUGCUGAAGAAACCUCAGCUAUAUGGAUUUAAUUGUACAUUAAGUCCAGUUCCACCUGAUUUAUUAGAGUGCAAAGAUUGUCCUGUGAAAAUUGAAGUCUUAGAAGUCACAGAGCAACACAAAGAUAUUGCUACAAAGGCCCUGAGGAAAUUCAAGAUCGAGAGUAACCACACAAACUACUUCGCUGUGGACAAAGUUGAAAGGGUUUUAAAGAUGACUGCCUCCCGGGAAGGUCACAUUUUAGGAUUCUCUAUAAAGGAGACAAACUGUUCUGAAACUGUGCAGCAAGAAGAUCAGGCAUUGGGAUGUGAUUUUCUCCAUGACUGGCACGCUCACAUGGGAUUCUGCACGGCGAGAGUGAUCAGUGAUGCAGAUGAACCUGAUGGAACAGAUAUAAGUUGUGAAAUCUACCAUCCCUGGCAGCUUGGCUUUGGGCGAAGAGGCAAAGGUGGAAAACCACACAGACAUCCCCAUUUUCGUCAUCAUUUUGGUCACAGACAUCAUCAUAGACAUCAUCACAGACAUGAAUGUCCACCCUCUUCUCAACCCAGACCUGAAGACCCCGAGCAUAACCACAACUUCAGCAAGGAAGAUCAAGACAGCCAUGAAGGACUUGCUCCUCCUCCUCCCCCUCCUCCUCAUGGACCAGAUCACUUCAUCACUCGCUCUUUCAGCACUGGUGAAGGUAUUGCCUUCACUGGCUCAAGACUAACAGAGAUGCCAGAAGAUCCAGGCUUUCCAGAUCACCCUACGCAAUCAAAAUCAUGCCCAGGAAAACCCAAACUUGUUCUUCCAAAAAUUUUGCCGUUAUUUCCACAGAGCUCUACAGCAGAAAAUUCUCCUAUAUGACCCCAAAGAAAGGUGUUCCAAGCUUGGGAGUUGCAGGGCCAAUGACGGUUCUUCAAAGAAUGAAAACAGCACAUGGAGAAGGGGGGAGGAGGAGCACUAAAAAUAAUCAUUUAGUAUCACCUGUAUCUUCAUCCUGGCUAUCUCAGGCUCCACUGUGAUUGAAGGGCUCAAAAUUCUGAGUCCCUCAGAUACUGUCAAUGGGUAAAAAUCUCCCCAGUAAACAAUGUUCCUUCAGUUCUAACUAAAAGGAAAAUUCCCUAAGAGUGAAAACCACCAUAUAAAAUCUUUAAUUUUGUCAUCAUUCGUAAUUAUAAUGUACUUCUCGGAGGAAUCUGACCCAGAGGAAAUUUGACUGCCUUCCACAAGAAGUGAUCCAUGGCACUACACUCAUUCAUACUUUAUACAGAUUCAAAGAAAAUAAAAAUAUGCAAGCAUUUUUUUGUUGA